CGGUACGCUAGGUUGCUACGCGACACUCGCUGACGAAUCUUGCACAGAAUGAGCUACUACAGUAGCACUGACGCACCUCGGGGAGGUGCGUUCCUCGGUGACUCGAAUACUUACAGAGGACACUCGGACGACCUUCCAUAUCCCGACUACGCCGACGUCCUUUCAAUUCAGGAUCGUCAUUGCCUUUCGGGUCUGUCCCCGCCUCAGACGAGAGCGUGGACGCUCCUCAGGAUUGAGCGAUACAGAGCAUGCAUCCUGGCUCUCUGUUCUAUUCACAACCUCGCGACCCCGCUACACACCUCCCUUCCCACAGAGAUAUUGGUCUAUGUCUUCACGCAAAUCCGACCGACAAGCCGGAAAGACAUCGGUCUGGCACAUGUCUGUCGUCUCUGGCGUUCUGUGCUAAUGCGGACGUCCGUGUUCUGGGCAAGUUUGUUGGAAAUGAAGAUAGACGUCUCUUCAGUCUCCGACAAUACCGUGCUAUCAACACUAUUGAAGAGGUCAUCCCCACGUAGCCUCAGUCUCUACGUAUCCGAGUUCCCACCUCUCUUAUACGAUAUCCUGCACCCUCAUUUUUCACGUCUUACGCACUUCAAGGCGAGGAUAUCGCUUGACAACCUACCGGAACUGUACGAAGCCCUCAACACUGGAAUGCCUACCCUCCAAGCCCUCGAGAUUGGCCUUUCUCAGCAUGGAGCGGAGUUAGCCAGAUCACUAAGGGAGGCGCGAACCACGAACCCCGAUGUGGUCCCUCAGCUCGAAAGGGCUAACGUGCCCUGCCUGCGUACGUUGGUCAUCCCUGGCUUCCUUUUCACCAACUCUUCUGCUCUUCCUUCUCUUCGCAGCCUGAACCUGAGCAACUGCAGCUGCCAUUUUUGCAAGUGCCGGUUCAGUCCCCGUCUAACCGUUCUCUUACGAGCCCUCGAGCAGGCCGCCAACCUGCGGAGCUUGACAUUCCAGCGAUGCCUUUUGCAUAACACGGAAUUCAAUGGAGAGCGCCCAAUCGUCGCACUGCCGCAUCUGGAGAACUUUGCAGCUUGGGAGACCGUCUUCGUUCUGCGCGAAGUUGUAGCCGUCAUCUCGCCUCCGCCUACUGUAUCGUUGCAGCUCCGUGUAUGGCCCGGGAGCGACAGUCUCUCAUUUUCUCACUGGCUUCGCCCCCACGCAGGCUACCGGGCGAUUCUAUCUUCUGUCGAUGCAGUACAUAUCAAGGCCACCUGCGUUGGGUCCCAGACGUCCUCAUUCGUCAUUCGCAGUUAUACCGGGAGUGACAUACGGCUCUCUAUCAACGUUCCCGGGCAGAAUGCCAUGGUGCGCUCGAUGGUGGCCAAUGGCGUGCCGCUCGUAGAAGAGGUGAUAAGUCUCUUCGGAUCGGCUCCGGUUAACAAGCUCGUCGUGGAAGUCAUCGACGGCGUCCCAAGGCACACGGUCCUCGGUGUACCGGACUGGGUGACGCUAUUCACCGCGUUCCCUGGCAUAGUGACCGUGGAGGCCGCAUUCCGCCAUUACUGCUCAUCGAGCCCCUCGUUACUGCGGCAAACACAGGCCACUGCCGAUUGCGUGUUCGAUGGCGCACAUUGGCAAGGACUGGUGUGGCCUUUGGGCAAGGCCAACCCCAUCGCGCCUCCGAUGUGUCCAUCGCUCCAGCGACUCGAGAUUACAAUAGAGGAGGACCGCAUGAUCUCCCAAUUCUACCGUAUCCUUGGCGGAGUCCUCAGAAUUCGAUUCGAGGCAUUCGGGUAUCGACUUGCGCACCUUGCGCUACGCGUCCGACCUGAACGCUGUCAUGCUCAACGAAUACAAAGUCUAGCAGCAUCGGACUCGACCCGAACAUAUCCGGAGGAGCUACUCAGGCCGUUCGUAGAAGACCUUCAGGUCAGCAUGCAGCGUUCAGGGGAUUCGUAUAGCCGUAGCAGCACGCAGGGGGAGUAG